CUGCUGUAGAAGGCAGCCAUCUAGUGACACACAGCCUUGAGGUCGGUGCCAGUAUCACAUGUGUUAGUUCUCGGCGCAUGUGAAGUAGAUAUCAAAUACACACUGUGCCGAAGUGCUGCGCGUCGAACAACUUUGAUUGCCAACAUUGAUUUCGUCCCACUUGUGUUGGAGACAUUAUUUAUUUUGUUAACAUUAGUUCAAAUAAAAUGACUGAGCAAUCGGCCCUGCUUCUGCGAAAACAGCUAGCAGAGCUCAAUAAAAACCCAGUGGAAGGUUUUUCUGCUGGUCUGAUUGAUGAUGAUGAUAUCUAUCAGUGGGAAGUUGUCGUGAUCGGCCCUCAAGACACACUGUUCGAAGGUGGAUUUUUUAAGGCGCAUCUCAUUUUUCCUCAUGAUUACCCACUUCGGCCUCCCAAGAUGAAGUUUAUUACGGAGAUUUGGCAUCCUAAUGUCGCAAAGAAUGGGGAUGUGUGCAUCUCCAUCCUUCAUGAGCCAGGAGAGGAUAAAUUUGGUUAUGAGAAACCUGAGGAGCGUUGGCUGCCCAUCCACACCGUAGAGACCAUCAUGAUUAGUGUGAUCUCCAUGUUAGCUGACCCCAAUGGUGACUCGCCAGCCAAUGUGGAUGCAGCUAAAGAGUGGCGAGAGGAUCCCAACGGCGAGUUCAAGAGGAAAGUCGCCCGCUGUGUGAGGAAAAGCCAAGAAAUGGCAUUCGACUAGAUGCAAUAAUUGUUUCGUUUAGUACAUAUCAGUUCCCUUCUCCAUAUCUUGAGGUCAAAGACAGUUUGAGGAUUUAUUUCCGGAUUGAUUUUAAAACUCAUGACAAGCUCAUAUAAAUUGAUGCGUUUGAUCACAUUCACGUGUGGCAAAGCUUCAUCGCGUGCAUUAAAUUCUAACAAUCCCCUCUAGACAUGCCAAUUACAAUCACCUUUUAGUCACCAGUUACUUGGGUAUGCACCAUUUUGGGAUAUGAGAGCAAAGCCACCAUAGAAUAAUGUCGGAAUUAUUUAUUAUCUUAAUUAUGAUGAAAUGUACUGCAUGACACUUGUGUUUAGACUCGCUUUUUUUUAAUCUGCCACUGAGCCAUCAAUUUUGAACAAAGUCUUUUAUGCAAUUCUGGGGUGUUUUGUGCGUUUAUGGUACUAGUAGAGGCUGAUGGUCAGAAUCCAUGCUGAUUUCCCUUGUCACUGAUAUGGCGGACAGCCCUGUUCCCUAAAAAAAAAAAAAAAAAAUCUAAAACAAUACCGCAGAUGUCUCUCAGAGGGCCAUCUCUUUCUCUGCUGCCUUAAGUUGUUCUCCUAUCGGAAAGGAAAAUUGUAUUCCGUGAUGUCUAGUCGGUUUUUGAGCUGGAAUCCUCUUUUGGACAAACCAAAAAGUUCUGAUAUUUGCAUGAGACAGAUAAUAUUUUUUUGUAUAAAUGGUAAGCUCAAAAGCUGUAUUUUUUGUGUAUGUAAAUAUGAUGUAUUGUACCAUAGCUCUAUCAGUCAUUCGUUUGUGAGGUUUCCCCCCCUCCACCUGUAGUUUUGCAAUCACCGUUUAUGACUGUAUCCUGUUCACUCUUUUGUUCCCCAGUGGUCCCAUCAUGUAAUUGCUCAUUAAAACAUUUAUAGCAUUUUGUCUUACA